AUGCCUCUUCUGCAAAGCUCUGACAUCCCUGUGAUGUCGGUCAAACCUGAAAUUGAAAACUUUCCUGGAUCGACCUCUAAAUUCGCUUCUUCUCCGUCUAGGGGGGAUUCGCAAGGUGGAAAGGCUAAUACUCCCUCUUUGGCUCAACUAGAUCCGAUCCAUCAACCUCUAUUGGACGAAAUUGAGUGCUACGACACCCCAACGCACUGCCAUCUUAUUGGGACAGAUUGCGACCAUGCGUCCUACCACAUCAUUUCAUUCCCAAAGAAAACUCCAGUCAUUGGUACUUUAUCGGAGUCCAUAAUGAAAUCGUCUGAAGACAGUAGCAGCAGCGUGUUAGAUGGCAUUCAUAGCGUCGACCUUCCGACGAUUGGUUCUGCUAAGACUCAAAAGAAUUCGAACGUGCUCAAAAAUAAGGUGAAUUUGGAAAUGAAAUCGACCACGUUAACCCAUGAUGAGAUGAUCUCCUUCGUGAACACGCUUCGAUCUACGUUCGAUGUGGGGCAUGUGCAGAUCCGAGUUCUUCUGGGCACCAUAUACCUUACAAAGGGGUAUUACCUCGUUGUUGCGCGGAACCGACAGCUUGUCGCACGGAUCGGUCCACAUCGCAUUUUUAAGGCUACAGACAUUACUUUAAUUUCCUUAAUGACUUAUCCUAAGCAUCAUGGAGUGUCAGAAAAGUUGCAACCUCAGCCAAUGACAUCAGUAGAUGCCACCACAUCCGCAUAUUCUUCAUUAUUAGAAGAUAAUAGAAACAACAGCGAUGGUAAAAGCUACGAAAAGCCUCGGAAGCACAGGUGGUGGGAUGUGGGAAACAUCUCCUCAACCGUAGCUUCAUUGGUUACCUCGGUUGCUCCCAAUUUUUUUGGAGCUCAUCGCGACCCGGAAGAACACUACCGCCAGCAGCUUAUCUCUCUUUUUGCCGAUGAUAAGAAUAAUUCGUCUUUCUACUAUUCCCACACGUAUGAUCUUACCAACACUCUGCAAACUAAUAUGACUGUGCCAGCUGCGGAACGAAUGUAUCGAAUGAAGUAUGUGUGGAACGAGUUUCUCAUGGAGCCCUUUAGCCCGCUAUAUGCGAAGAGCAACGAUGAGCGCAACGAUUCCCCAUCGGAAUGGUUUUCUACAGCUUUCCCACAUCCCGCUUUUGGCAGCACGACCCCUUCGACACCUGCUUUUCUUAGUUCUUUUGCUCCUACCUUUUUCCACGAGCUAGGGGGCGAGCGACGCUGGUGUGUGUUUGUCAUCCGUGGCGCGAUUAUUCAACACAUCCUGCACACGGUGCCGGAUUUUUUGCCCUUUUCGCUUACAUUGAUCACGCGCGUGAGUAAGGAAUUUACAGGAACACGCUACCUACGGCGCGGCAUCGACCGUGGAGGCCACGCCGCGAACCACGUAGAGGUGGAGCAGAUCGUCUGUGAGGAGUUCAACCUCGACUCGCACUACCUUCGUGGAGGAUAUAGCAGCUACGUCCAGGUGCGGGGAUCGGUCCCACUCCGUUGGUUUCAUCCACUACCUAUCGCCACGAUGCUGAAACCACCCAUCGUCCUAAGCCACUCAGAUGGUCUCUACACCGAGACGUGUCGACAUUUUCAGCAUCUGCUUGCCGAUUACGGGGCACCUAUCGUUGUGAUGGAUUACUUGAAACAAAUGGAGAAACAAGAGAGGGAAUCAACCCUGGGGGCGGCGUACCGCGUAGCGGUGCAGGUGCUCGCCGGAUCUAUCGAUCGCGCCCGGAAACGGGCCGCUGAUCCCUUCAAACUGCAUUCUGAGAGUGCGGCGGCUUCAGUGCCUGAACCAUGUCGAUCAUCUUCCGACGCCAAUACACAAAUAAACCACCUUAGAAGCGAAGCUGUGCUGAGGUACAAGGCGAUUGACCUACGGAGAGCCGCAGGUCGCUCAUGGAACGUCGUGACGGCUGCUGCAGAAGAGGACGAGGCUGAUAUUGGUUUGUUCGUUUGUCAAGCCAACGGUGAGGUUCAACAGCGACAGCAAGGUGUUGUGCGUAGCAACUGCAUCGACUGUGUGGAUCGCACCAAUAUUGGGCAGCUGAUUUUUAGCCUCCACGCCUUGGGAAGGCAGCUUGAGGCGUUAGGCCUGCUCCACGUGGCGGCGGAUCUUGUCUUGUCGCCCGAAGUUCAGGAGGCGUUGGUGAGCAUGUACCUAUUCCUUGGCGAUGCAAUCGCGACGCAGUAUGGGGGGUCCCCACAGGUUAGUGUAGGGGUCUUGCACCGCGGUGUGGGCUGGGAUCAGUUCAUGGGGAUUAAGCGGUUGUUUAACAAUAUGAUGAGCGACGAAUACAAACAAGGGGCGCUGAACUUGUUUCUGGGCAUUUUUCGACCGUAUUUGCACCCUGGGAAUAGGGAUCCCAAUGUGGAACUUACGUCUUCUGGGCUGCGAAAAGAUAGUGGAAAAGAGAAAGGCAGUGCCUUGUCUUUUCCAUCGUCACCUUCCUUUGUUGAUCCCACUACACCUGAUAAGGUGCUUGGCGGCGACGGGGUAUCAACGCAUGUACUUACCUCAACAUCUCUUCCCGUACCCAAGCAAUCUGAUCAACAUUCUGAGGACUCUACCGAAUCGCUUGCGAGCAGCGUCGCUAGCAACCCUGUGACGACCUUUCUUCUUUUAUCCACAUCCCCUAGCACCACUUCGGCAGCCCUUCCACGUCGCAGUCGUCGGCUGACAGCACGGAAAACCCACACACAUGAACCACGCGUGUCGGUUGGUGGAGAAGCGGAGCCAGAUUACUACUCGCAGGCAAACUCAGACCCACAUCUCCCUGGAUCUUCACUUCUGAAGCAUUGGUGGAUAGCGCCCUUGGCAUGGUGGCGGCACACCUGCGGACGAAGAUUGAAGAAAGGCACAGAUACACUAGGGAACUUUGUUGUAAACGAAAUCUCAGUUGAGAGGGUGGAUAGCCUACACGGGCUUAUAGCGACUUCACAAACUUUGGAUGGAGCUAACUCCUCGCUUGUAUCGCCUCUUCUCUCCGAGGCUCGACGCCAGCGGGAACUAAGCUCACAGGAGAUGGGUUUGGGUCCGUCACUGGAGGACUAUGUGGCCCUUCCUGGCAAUACCAGCACCAACAGUGACAAUGCGAAAUACCAAACAGAAGCCGUCGCAACACCUCUAAAAUCCUCAGCUCUCUCAGAAGGAAAAAGCACCUCAGCAAAUAAAGUUUGUACGAAUGAUGAGGUCAGUGUCUCUCAGGCGUUGGUAAGUGGCAUCACGACCAACUCUUUCGCCGAGAUGGAAAUGGGGAACCCUUCCCCAGCAUGGCAGCCACGGCAGCAACCAAUCCUCCUCCGCCGCUCGACCCGCUGCGCACAGAAGAACUCAACUUUUUCCUUGCUGGAUAAUGAGAAAGCUGUGUUAAAGGCUCUCAGAACUGGUGCGUCCCAAAAUCCCUUCUUUUGUUUCCCAAUUUGGAAUAUAAAGGAAAAGUACGGGGACAACGAGCUAUUGGACUCUAGCUUCAACGAGUUAGACAAUGUGCAAAAGGAAGGAACAGAUCACUCGAUUACAUUCACAUUUCCUAAGAUGCCCACUGCUCCAUGGUGCAUGAGAGAGUAUGUCCACGACCACUCCCUCUUUCCAAGUCAAGUGCACACCAGCGUAUAUGAAGUUCAACAAAAGAAGCUUGAAGAGGAUAUCUAUUUAAGCGAUGAUGACAAAGAGAUCAAGAGUAAAUUGGGUAAAAGCAUAUCUCACGUAAACCCUGACAUGUCUACCUACUUCAACUUUCAGGCCCAUGCGCUUCUCUGCCUGCUAGGCACGCCGGUGAAUUGGACUAAUGAUGAAGUCAAGGCCGCCUUGCGCUACUGCGCUGCCACGUCGUCAUCCUCCCGCCCAUGCAAGAUACCAAACCUAAUCUGCAAUGGGCCCGACCUCCUCAAUGCACUCGACCAUUCGCUUCAACAGCCCAGCUUCACCGUCGAACAGCGCCGGUUGGUGCAUAAAUUGCGAGCCCUUGCGCGGUACCUACACCCGCCGAUGACCGCCUCGCCCCUGUCCACAUCCGUGAAAGACCCCUCCGUGGGCUGGCAAAGUUCGGACCUCCAAGGAGAGGGUCCUGCUUCACCCAAACACCCCUGGGCCCCUUCCUCUCGACGUGCCACCGCUACAGGCUGGUCUGUGUUGGAAGGGGGCCCUGUCGUGUCCCAAUUAGACCCUGUAGGGACAGGCUGGGAAACCCCCCAGUCAUUCUUCUUAGAACGAUUGACCCCACAAACCGUAGGGCCCGUCCUGUCCCAGUGGGUGGAGCAUCUCCGAGAGGGGGUUCCACGGCGGGACUACAUUCGCUACACCACCCAGCCCCGACGGACCCAAGGGCACACGCCGAAUCGGCUCUUGACGCCUGUGAUCGUCCGCAACGCGUUCCCUCUUGUGCGGGUGCAUCGCUGGCUGAUCGAGAACAGCGAGGCCUGUGGGCUUAAGUUGCACAUGGCAAAAGGAGGCCGAAGGGCGGCCGCCAUUGAGGCGUGGCGGCUGCUCUGGUGGGCCGCACACAACUCUCUUAUUGUACCAAUUGUAAUUGACCCUUCCCCUUCGUCUAUGGCAACAUUUUUACCCAUAGCUCGGCUGCGGAGGUCGCGGGACUGCUUUUUUAGUUUUUUUUCCGACCCUACUACUUUGUUUCGCUUCCCAGGGGUCGUUGAUGCGGUAAAGCUGAAUUGGCCAUCUGUAGAGGAAAAUAGCAUUCUGUGGGUGCAGCCUCUUGGCCGAGGGGUGCCCCGCGGUAUUUCAGAUCAAGUGCCACCAACGAUUCUCAUUGAAAAAUUGUCUAGCCUUGCCCUAAACGCUAUUUCCGAGUUCCAAAGGGAGAUCGUAACUGGCUCCUUAUCUUUAGCUGACUCUGUAAAAAUGGCGAAGGUUCUCCUGGAGAGCAUUGAGACUGGCGCAAAGGCUCUGCGCAACGUGGACCUUCGAUUAAUUCCCACUGCCGAGCGACUUUGCUUUUUCAUUAACUUGUAUAAUACUCUUUAUGCUCAUGCUUGGAUGGCGAUCACUGCACGAGGGUAUACGACUGGGUCGAUUCUCGUACCCCUGAAUGGUGAAACAACGAUGGCACUUCCAACCAAUCUAAUUGAAGACUUCUAUCGCACCCACGGCUACGUGAUCGGAUCCCAUUGGCUAAGCUGCUACACCAUUAAAUAUGGCAUCCUUACCGCCCUCCCUCCACCACCUACGGCGACUUCCAAAUCUUCAUCCGGGGAUGCCUUCACAGACGAGUUGCUUGAGGAAACAUCCUUGAUGAACGGCCACAACGGAAUUGAUGCGGGUUAUGCGGCAGGGCGAAUUGAGGCAUGUCAAGUAGAUAUUGACCUGCAAGGGCUUUCGCAGGCGCUUAUUGAUGUAGGACUGCGCUGUUCAGCGCACAUUUUCGAGCCCUUAUCCACUGUCGGCAGUGUCAGCCCCGCUAAUGAGUUGAGCAGCUUGAUCUGUGAUACCUGUGAGUGCAUCCGGCAUGACGUGAAAUUCUACCUUCUGCGUCGGAUUAUUCUAGCCCUUCUGGAUACCUAUCUCCCGCCACCUCCUUUACUGCCUGAUGGAGCGGCCACGUGGGAAGUCAGACCCUAUUGCCUGUUGGAAUGGGAUUUUAGAGGUUCCUGUGAUGCUCUGGCUUACACAGAAUCUGAAAAAGACUUGGAGCCACGGUAUUUGUUUGAGAUGAAGUCCUCCCCGUUUUCCCCAUUCGAUUUUUUUUCAAGACCUAAUGAUACUGGGAGCGGUAGUACUGAUCGUUCUCCAUCGCAGAAUGCAUGGACAAUGCUCGGUACCGCCACCAUGCAAGUGAUUGCGGCGGUAGGAGCCACAAACGACCCCUACUGGGGGCUUUCAUUAUUUCAACGUCGUACACAAACUCCUAUUUCAAGACAUUUUUUCAGCAGGUGUCCGUCUGGUAACUCUCUGUCACCACUGGCGUCGUCGAGUUCAUCGCGACUGCAUUCCUUAACACACCUUUGUUUACCUUUGGUGGCGAGUGCUUCGACAAUGUAUGGCUACAGCGAACUCGUUGCUAUCGAAAAGGAUUUCGUCUAUUCCGUACAGCAAGCUCGAAAAUCAAAGCCUGUCAUGCUGAGCGCCAUGUUAACCCCGAUACUCAUUCAAUAUCCAGACAUCUUUGGUCCCACAUCCGACACAGUUCUCCAGCGCCUACGGCAAUCACAACAAAGUGCGAUACGUGCAGAAAAAUGCCGACAAACGUGCAUGCAAAAACUAGAAGGAUUGUGA